CGAGCGAAAGGUUGGCCUACAAGUAUCGAUUUCAGUGCCCUGCGAGGGCGCGUGGAGAAGCUGAGAAGUAGACUGCAAGAGAUCAUACAGGACGGUCGCACGGAUCUGUAUGAGAUCGACUUGGAUAAUAUGGAUGAGGAGGAAAUACACGCUCUCGGCCCGAGGUGGAGGAGCGUAUUCUGGGUGGAUAUUGCGAGGGAGGUGAGGGAGAAGGGGAGCAGGGUGGUUGGGAGUUUGAAGAAUCAGUUCGGCAGCUUCGAGAAGACGCAACCGGGAUACUACGGCGAACUAGGGUCGUUUAUCAUCCAGCAAACACUCUACAAUAUGUUCCCUCCGGCAACCUUCGAUGCCGAACUCAUCGCACCCCUCAAUCCAACGGAAUUUAUACAACGCGUGCUGGUCCCUGAAGUGGGCAUUGCGCUCAUUAUGGAGGACAUGAACCUGGACGUCGGCGAAGCGGUCCAAACCUUACGGGAGAGCGUGCAGUACGGCGUCGCCAUGUACCCCGGCGACGCUGAGCAAGCGGGU